UUCCUUCUCUUUGUUCCUCUCCUCUCUCGGGCUGUUUCUCUCUGUCUGUCCGCGCAGGCGGUCAGUUUGGGCUGCGCUGCUGUCGCUGGUGUCGCUGCUGUCCGCUCCGUCCUGCUGUCCGGACAGGAAUGGACCUCCAUCGGACGGCCUUCAAGAUGGAGAGCUCCUCCUAUAUGCCGAGUCCUCUGGCGUCUCCCGCUCUAAUGGUCCUGGCUUCCACCGCUGAAGCUGGUAGAGAUGCCUCCGUCCCGUGCCAACCUCCACGACCCUUUGGAGUCCCCGUCACUCUGGAGAAAGACAUUCACCUCCCAUUCCCUGCCGGCUCCUACACGUUCACCUCCAUGUACCACCGCCAGGGAGGCUUUGCACCUCGAGACUUUCCCACAUCCCUCCUUCAUCUCCAUCCUCAGUUUGCACCAGCUAACCUGGACUGCUCUCCGCUGGGUGUCCUCUCUCACGGAGGUGUGGGCGCCUUCAGGCCCUUCUCUUCUCCGGGAGAGGAGCGAGACGGUGGGGGGUACCAGUCGGCCUUUCUUCCAGCCAAGCGUCUGAAGGGCUGCCUGGAGCCAGAAGCUUCUCCUCACCUGCGCUACACAGACAUGGAGGGCAAGGAGUUUGACUUUGCAGUGGCCCGCAUCCCCUCGGGGUCUCCUAGUGCUCUGAAGGCUGCGGAGGAUGCUGGGAAGAAGCUGUUUGGGGUGUCUGGGCUGCUCGUGGACACAGAGGCCUCUUGUAGCCCUGAGGAACAGAAGGAGAGAUGUAAGGUAAAGUGUGUGUUUGAUGCCCAGACUCCUGUGUGCCCUGUCUGUCAGGCAGUUCUGCGGCCGGGGGAGCUGCAGGAGCACAUGGAGACGGAGAUUGAACGACUUACGCAGCUACACCUGAGUCCGAGUCUGGCGCAGAAGGAGUGUCUCUCCGCUGGGCUUCUGAAGCCCCUCUUCUCUACCCACAUUAAGCGAGAGGGGGGCUCCUCGCCCCGUCCUGCUGACGAGGCCGUCCACUCGGACAGGUACCAGACAUUUCUGCGAGUGAGAGCCAACAGACAGACAAGACUGAGCGCCCGUAUUGGGAAGCUGAAGAGGAGGAAAGCAGAGGAAGAACAGAGGGACAGUGUAUGUGUCGUGGAGAAUGGAUCUGUUGGAGGAGGCGGAGACGAAUACGAGUGGAGUGAACAGAAACGAAUGCACAUGGUGUCCAUCCUGAGGGGCUUCAGAGGUUUGGUCAGCAGCACGGUGAAGGAGAAUCAGGACAGUGAUGCAGACCUGGACGUGGAUGGAGACGACACCCUGAACUACGGCAAAGCGCAAUACUCAGAGACAGACGUGAUCCCCAGCUCGCGGGACGCAGAGGACAGUGCAGUGAAUGAGGAUGCUGCCAGCAGGUUGUCUCCAGAACACUGCAAGUGGUCAACUGCAGAAGCUCCAUCUACAAGCAAUGAAGAUCACAGUAAAACUGAUGGCGCCUCUCCACCCUGCAGGAGCUGCGAGCUAGAGAUGGUGUCUGAUGACUCACUCAACACCCUGGAAGCUCUGAAGACGCGGAUCCGAGAUCUAGAGAAGCAGCUGACUCGAGGAGAUCGAAUCAAAUGUCUCAUCUGCAUGGACUCGUAUACAAUACCGCUGACAUCCAUCCAGUGCUGGCAUGUGCACUGUGAGGAGUGCUGGCUCCGCACACUGGGAGCGAAGAAGCUGUGUCCGCAGUGCAACACCAUCACAUCCCCAGGGGACCUGAGGCGGGUGUAUUUGUGACAGGAGGUCUUGGACAGACUGACCUGUUUGCACUUAAGGAGCUCGUGCACACCCUCGCAGCUCACAGCAGCUUUUAACUGGACCAGACCACGAGCUGACUGGGAGACUGGGAGAAUCUUCUGAGAGGCUCCAUCUGCUGGACCCCAUCUACAGAACCCAAACACUUAAAGCAGUUCAGUGCUUUGAACACGGACACUCCAGUGUUUUGAGACUGCAUAACGUUGGUGCUCUGAGAGACGUUCAGCGGUUCUUUAAUGACACAGCAAACCUGCACCUUGAGUACAAACCAACACUGCAGUAUUACUGCGAUUACAGUAAAUCUUACAGUGAUGCUUUAUUCAGGGAGGUCCCUUUAGAUGAAACACUCAACAGACUCUCAGUAACAAACACAUAUGAGGGUUAGGAUUAGGUUUUGGGUUGAUGUUAAAUUUAGGGUUAGGAUUAGGGCCAGGG